AUGGGCAACCCAGUUACUAUUAGCAGCCGUGUCAGAUGGAUGCUUUGGGCGAGCAUUUUCGCGUAAACUAAUUGAUUUAUUCUAAUUUAAUUAAUGUGAAUCAUUAUGUUGGCGAUGAAAGUGUGAUGUGAGCCAUGCGAAAAAAAUAUUGUGCUAAAAUUAAUAAGAGUGACUUCGAAAUAGGGGUGUAACUUGAAAACUAAAAUGGCUUCAGGAGAUAGUGAUCAUAUUGAAGUGAUGGAUAAUACAGUGCUGAAGAAGUCAGAUGUCGGAACAGGGCAUUCGGGCUCUGAAGAUGAUGAUCGUGAUCGGGCUUCAAUCGCUGAGAAAAAUGCACCGUACGAUCCGGCGGUGGGCCCCUUGGGGGCGAUCAGCAAGGUACAUAAGUCUGAUCGUAAGAUCGGUCACCGGCGUGUCGGGGAAGGCGGCGAGAUUACGUAUAAGAAGAUUCAGUCGUCACAGAUUAUGGGAUCUAUACAACUCGGUAUCCAGCACGCAAUUGGUGGUCUUGCCUCGAAGCCGGAACGAGAUCUUCUCAUGCAGGAUUUCAUGACAGUCGAGACGACAAAUUUCCCGUCCGAAGGAUCGAAUCACACGCCCGCUCACCAUUACUCCGAGUUCAAGUUCAAAACGUACGCCCCGAUAGCCUUCAGAUACUUCCGAGAUCUGUUCGGAAUACAACCUGACGAUUUUCUUAUGUCAAUGUGCAGCGCCCCGUUACGCGAGCUCAGCAAUCCCGGAGCAUCCGGCAGCAUCUUCUAUCUAACAAACGACGACGAGUUUAUCAUUAAAACAGUUCAGCACAAGGAAGGCGAGUUCCUGCAGAAACUUCUGCCCGGUUACUACUUGAAUCUCGAUCAGAACCCCCGCACGUUACUACCAAAGUUCUUCGGUUUAUAUUGUUAUCAGUGCAACAGUAAGAACGUGCGGUUAGUCGCAAUGAACAAUUUGCUGCCUUCGUACGUGAAACUUCAUCAGAAAUACGAUCUCAAAGGUUCUACUUACAAGAGGAAGGCGAGUAAAACAGAAAGACAGAAGAGUUCACCGACCUACAAAGACUUGGAUUUCAUGGAACAUCAUACGGAAGGGAUCUUCUUAGAGGCUGACACAUAUACGGCUCUCAUCAAGACUAUGCAGAGGGACUGUCGUGUCUUGGAGAGUUUUAAGAUAAUGGACUAUUCACUCCUAGUCGGCAUCCACAAUCUCGACGAGGCUCAACGCGAAAAGACGGAGGCCCGAAAGAGGACAGACUCUGGCCAGAGCGACGAUGAAAACGAGGGGGAACCUAAGAAGAGUGGACUCAAUAGGACAAGAUUAGAGCAAGCCAAAGAGGAUUUUAAGACGCAAGUCAAACGAACACAAUCUAUAAAUCGUCAGCGAUUAGUCGCGCACUCGACUGCAAUGGAGAGUAUACAAGCUGAAAGCGAACCCAUCGAUGAAGAAGAAGACGUACCGCCGGGCGGUAUUCCGGCGCGGAACGCGCGCGGCGAGCGUCUCCUCCUGUUCCUGGGUAUCAUCGACAUCCUGCAGUCCUACCGGCUCCGGAAGAAGCUGGAACACACCUGGAAGAGCAUGAUACACGAUGGCGACACGGUCUCAGUGCAUCGACCUAAUUUCUACGCGCAAAGAUUCUUAGACUUCAUGGCGAGAACAGUUUUCAAGAAGAUACCUUCGUUGGACCUUCCGGAGAUCAAAGGGAACCAUCGCAAGUUCAGAACGCUCGUCACCAGCUACAUAGCGUUAAAACAUUCACCGUCGAAGAGGAAAAGUAUCGCGAAGCCGAGCAGACCGCAGGAAGAAAUCGACACAACAGGGGGUAAAGUCAUCGGUCGACCUAUUAAGGACUAUAAUCCGGAUUACCUGAGGCAGGUGCACCUGUCGCCUAGAUCAUCAGUACGGUCUAGCUUGAGCGAUUUCACCGAUACGACUAUAUCAACCUGGAAUCAAAGAAAUCAACUCCCGACAGAAUAUCCCUCUGUACUCUCGGAUCGACAUAAAACGUUAGACAGAUUACCGUUUCAACGACGAAUCGACUUCGACACGUCGAAUUUGAAUCCAAGGGAACCGGGGACGUCCUACGCAGACAAUGUCUACCGAUCGUCCAUACAGGAUCGUAUGGAAUCAUUGUCUGAUCAAUUGACGAAAGUUUUAAGUACGGGAGCGGGUAGUUCUCAUAUAAACGGUAGCCUCGCGGACAGCGGUAUUCAAACCGAUAAUGCGAGCACGAGCGUACCCCAGAUAUACGUCGCCGAUGCCCAAACUUACACCCCAGGCGUCAAAAUAUUGAAAGACGCGGCGGUCGACACACGAAACGAAAAAAAUCUCCAAGACAUACCGUUCAUAGAUGACGACGAUGAAGAGAAGUCUUGGAGGAGACGAUCGAAUCUCGAAAAGCAUAAAAGCAUGUCGAAUAUUCCAGAACGAAUCGACGAAGUCAGUUCCAAAGAACAUUCCAAUGAACGCCUUUCCAAUAGCCUCAAUAGAGCCAAAUCCCCCACAUUCGUAGAGAAAUUCAAGAAAUUCUUCAUGGAUAUCGGAUUUGUUAAAUCCGACAGCGCGCCGAACACACAAGUAUCGAAUACCCUACCGAAGAGUUUAAACUCCAGCUACAGAACGCGGAGCGCUACACCGACCACCAGUGAAACAAGGGAAGCUUCAACAUUGCCGAAAGAUAUGCGUUUCCGUAAAGUAAGAUCGACUCAAACGGUCUACAUAAAACCAGAAUCUCCACUACGAAUACGUAGCAAUGACGAUAUUGUAAGGAAAGAACACGUCUCAGUUGUACAGUUGAAUGGAGACGAACACAUAAAUGAUUCGAAAUCAGAAAGUUUUAUUAAGGAGGUGGUAUUCGUGAAAAGUUUGGAAAACGCUGCAAUAUAUUCCGGUAAAGACAGUGGGAGUACGAUAAUAAUCGUACCACCGGCGGAUUGAGACGAAUUUUAAAUGAAAUUUUGGUCUUUGCGCUUCUUAUAUAGCUUUAUAUAAAUAAAGCUUUGAAUUGGCUGAAUACGAAGAUAUAUUAAAAGACAAUAGUUUAUUUAAAUGUAGAUGUUUAUAUCUUUGGAUUACGAACGCUAAUUUUUUAAUGAAAUAACAACUUCAGACUAUAUUUAUAAUUAAUAUUGUAAAUUUAAAUCGAGAUCUUAUUCGCUGUAAUGGUUCUGUUCGCUGGUAUUCGAGCAGAAUCAGGUAGUUUUAUUUGUAGCGACUCCAAUGUCAAAUUUAACUUUUAUCGCUUUAAUAAUAGAGUUGAUAUUCAUUUGUAUCGUUUAACGAAUAAGUUUAAAUAAGUCUAUGUCCAGUUGGUAAUAAAAUUGUUAUGAAGUUU